UUUUCUAAUAUACUUUUAUGUUAAUAAAUAAUCCAUAAACUAAUGAAAAUAUUUUUUUUACACAAUAAUCAAGGCAAUCAAAUAGAGUAAAUAAUAUAUAUAAACCUUAAUAACAUUGGGAGAAAAAGAAAGGCAACCAACAAACAGAAGAUUCGGGUUCUUUGCUUGGAUGGAAAUAAUUCAGGAUCACUGAGUAAUGCAAUGAUUGAGAAAAAUUAUAUUUGCUUUUCAGCCUUGUAUAAAUAAAUUAUAUUUUGUUCUUAUUCAUUAUUUUCGAAGGAAGUUAAGAAUAGAAUUAUUGACGCGUUCUAGCAAAGCCUCACGAUCCUUCUGUUCACUUUCGAGGAUGGUGUUUCAAUUUCCAUAUCAAUGAUAAUCAACCGCAAAGAAAUUUCCUAGAGAACAUGAGACGGACCUUGCUCUUGAUACUAAACGACACGUGUUCAUGUCGUCCAGUCGACUGGCUCUGGAAAUCAAUGAAAUGGACGUGCGUGGAUCAAUUGUAAUGCAGGCUUUGUUUUUUAAUUUAUUUUGUUAUAUAAGAAUUUAAGGCAAAGAUGAUACGCAAAGCAGCUAGCUCGAUCAUAAACAGGACAGAACCACUACAACGUUUUGAAGACGUUUGUUCACAGAUUGUUUCUUUCUGCAACUCCAAGUCUUCGAAACAGGGCGUUUGCAUUCAUAGCCCUAUAAUCAAAUUGGGUAUUCAAGAUAAUUUGUAUUUAAACAACAAUCUGCUGUCUCUUUACUGGAAAUGCUUGGGAGUGCAACAUGCACGGCAGUUCUUCGACGAAAUGCCGUGCAGAGAUGUUGUAUCCUGGACCGGUAUUCUCUCUGCUUACACUAAGGAUGAAAAAUAUGAAGAGGCCCUUGAUAUCUUCGAUUUGAUGGUCCUUUCGGGUCCGUAUCCAAAUGCCUUCACUUUCUCGAGCGUCUUACGUUCAUGUGCUGCUGUAGGAGACUUCAGUUAUGGAAAGCGUAGUCACGCUUCUUUAAUAAAGCAUGGAUUUGAGUCGAACCAAAUUUUGGGUAGCUCUUUGAUUGAUUUCUACUCCAAGUUUGAUUCUGCUGAGGAAGCUUUAAAACAUUUUAGAUAUAUGGAUAAUAAUGAUACUGUUUCAUGGACAAUGGUGAUCUGUACUUUUGCACAGGCGAGGAAGUGGGGUCAGGCUUUGCGGCUUUAUAUAGAUAUGAUAAAAGCUGAGGUUUCUCCAAAUGAGUUCACUUUCGUUAAACUUUUGACAGCGUGUGGUUUUAUUGGUUUGAUCUUUGGGAAAUUGGUUCAUGCUCAUAUGAUAAUUUUGGGAGUUGAGCUGAACUUGGUAGUUAAAACAGCACUUGUUGAUAUGUAUUCAAGAUGCCACAGGAUGGAAGAUGCUCUUAAGGUGUCAAAGCUGACACCUGAAUAUGAUGUAUUAUUAUGGACUACUAUUAUCUCGGGGUUGAACCAAAACUUGAAAUUAAAGGAGGCUGUUGCUGUAUUUCAAGAGAUGCAGAUUUCAGGAAUCUUGGGUAAUAGUUUCACAUAUUCAAGUAUGCUGAGUACUUGCACAUCAAUUCCAUCACUGGAUUUGGGUAGGCAGAUCCACUCUAGGGUGAUCAAGACUGGCUUAGAGAAUGACGUGCCUAUUGGGAAUGCACUUGUUGAUAUGUAUAUGAAAUGUUCUUUAGCAGUAGAAGAUGGCUUGAGAGUGUUUAGAGGGAUAUACUCACCUAAUGUCAUUUCUUGGACAUCUUUGAUUGGAGGUUUUGCAGAACAUGGUUUCCAACAGAAUGCUUUUGACUCAUUUACAGAGAUGAUGGCUGUUGGAGUGCAACCAAAUUCCUUUACUCUCUCCACUAUUCUUAGGGCCUGCAGUGUCAUAAAAUCUCUAAAUCAAACAUUUAAGCUGCAUGGAUAUAUAAUAAAGACUAAUGCAGACCAUGAUAUUGUUGUUGGUAAUGCCCUUGUGGAUGCCUAUGCUGGAUCAGGAAGGGUUGAUGAUGCGUGGCGUAUAGUAAGAGAUAUGAAUCAAAGAGAUGCCGUCACAUACACAAUUAUAGCCACAAGAUUCAAUCAGAUGGGCCAUCAUGAACUUGCAUUAGAUGUAAUUGGUCACAUGUUCAGUGAUGAUGUGAGGAUAGAUGGAUUUAGUAUGGCAAGCUUCUUUUCUGCAUCAGCAGGCUUGGGGAGAAUUGAAAUUGGAAAGCAACUUCAGUGUUAUUCUGUGAAAUCUGGUUUAAGCAGUUGGAUUUCAGUCUUGAAUAGCCUAGUUGACCUUUAUGGGAAAUGUGGACAAGUACACGAUGCACACAAAGCAUUUAGAGAAAUACCUGAGCCAGAUGUUGUAUCGUGGAAUGGAUUUAUAUCAGGGUUGGCAUCAAAUGGAUAUAUCUCGUCUGCUCUUUCUGCAUUUGAUGAUAUGAGGUUAACAGGAGUCAAACCUGAUUCUGUUACAUUCUUGUCAUUGCUUUUCACUUGCAGUCAUGGAUGUUUAGUGGACCUGGGUCUCCAGUACUUCCAGUCUAUGAGAGAAACGCACGGUUUAGAACCACAAUUGGAUCACUAUGUUUGUUUGGUUGAUCUCCUAGGUCGAGCUGGCAGGCUGGAGGAAGCAAUGAAUGCCUUAAAAACUAUGCCUUUUAAACCAGAUACUUUGAUCUACAAGACACUGUUGGCUGCCUGCAGGGUUCAUAGGAACUUGCCUCUCGGAGAAGAUAUUGCAAGGCGAGGGCUUGAGCUAAAUCCAUCAGAUCCCACAUUCUAUGUGCUGCUUGCAAACUUGUAUGAAGACUGUGGUCGGUCUGAUUUGAGUGAAAUGACUCGCAGGACGAUGAAAGAAAGAGGGUUGAAUGGCAAUGGGUAGGUAGAAUUGAAGGAAAUAAGAACAGAAGUUCCUCUUUUCCAAUUCCAUCAGAUUCCUGAGAUUUAUGAAAUACUGGAAUAUUUACGAGUUUAAAUAUCAAACAUAUCUACGUGGACAUAUGUUUUAACAUGGAGAAGAUAGCUGUUGCAUUGCGUCUUCAAAACAUGCUAUCGAAGGCCAUUACAUCCUAGGUCAUUAGUCAAAUAUUUGGACAUUAGUAGAGAUCGCCGUUAAUCUUCGUUAAGACUCCAAGUGUCUUAUCAAAAUCCAAAGGUCUCCGACUUUCCAUGCGAUAAGAAAUAAGGAAACCGUUGGCUUAGGCUGCAUCGGCAUCAAAGAGCAUUCGUUCCUGGUUGGGAUUUUGAAAACCCUUGGCUUUUUUUUUUUUUUUAAAAAAAAAAAAUUCAGAUAUUUGAUAUUCAGCUCAAGUUUGAAAAGAAAACUUGAGGGGAACAUGAAUGAACUCGUUUCGGUAUGGUGAUAGUCAAUUUCCAAUUUAAAGAAUCAACAUAUUUUGAAUGGUGGUAAUUAACUUUCAAUUUAAAGAAUCAACAAAUUCUGAAGCUCACAAACUGCGAAAAUUUCUCUCAUUUAAGGAGCAGUUGCUGUCCUGUCUACAUGAACAAAAGUUUUCAGAUGGACACAAAAUACAUUGUGUUUAACAACAGGAAGCAAGAAUGAGAUUUGAUAAAAAAAA